UCUCACUGCGUGCCCGCGCAUUCCAGUAACGACGCUGGCGGUACCAGUGGUAGUGGCAGCGGCGGCCGGGGAGCUAUGAUUCGGCCGAUCGAUAAGGCCGCUAUUCACCGCAUAUGCUCUGGACAGCGGUGAAGGAGCUGGUGGAGAACAGCCUGGACGCGGGAGCUACGAGCGUGGAGGUGCGGCUGAGGGAGUCGGGCGCGGAGCUCAUUGAGGCUUUGACCCUCAAGUACCACACGUCCAAGAUCGCCCACUUCUCUGACCUCCAGUCGCUUUCCUCCUUCGGCUUUAGAGGAGAGGCCCUUUCUUCCCUCUGCGCCCUUGCUGACGUCACCAUCACCACACGCACCGCCGACGAGCCAAUAGCAACUCGCCUUGUGUUCGACCAUGGAGGAAAAUUGCUGGAUGGGCCGAGGGAAAAAGUUGCUCGGGCAGUGGGAACGACUGUCAGCGUGGCGAAGAUUUUUUUCGCCGCUGCCCGUGCGACACCGGGAGUUUCAGAGGAACGUUCGGAGAGAAUUCGCGAAACUCGUGAGCCUUCUCCAGGCGUACUGUGUGAUCUCUACCCGCACCCGGAUCAUCUGCACCAAUCAGAGCGCGCGCAGCACAGCGCGGACCACUGUGCAGCCUGCUGCCAGGUAACUGGGUAUCUGUCCAAGCCAGGAGCAGGGAGUGGGAGAUCCAGUGGAGAUCGUCAGUUCUUUUUUAUUAACGGUCGCCCGGUGGACCUGCCCCGGCUCGCAAAGCUCUUAAACGAGCUCUACCGGUCGUUUAACUCGCUGCAGUACCCCGCCGCUUUCUUAAAUGUUUCGCUUAGCGCGGACGCUUUUGAUGCGGGGUUAUUAUCGGGGUUGAAGGCCUCUUUGUUGCAGUUUUACUCCCCGGACCGGUAUGUCUACCGAGCUGCGCCUUCUGGUUCGGUGCCGAAGCAGAUUGAAGAGCGGAGGAGGGAGGAGGUUAGGGGGGAGAGGAGAGUGGUUAAAACGGUUGCUGGAGGAGUGGUAGAGAAAGGGGAGGAUAAGAGGGAGUGUGGAGGGGAGGGGGAGGAGGGAGACCAGAGGAGGAAGCGAGUGAGGGUGAGUGAGAGAGGGAGAGGUGGAGAGGAAGAGGGGGGUGUUGGAGCAGGGGAGGAGGUUGAGGAAGAGGAAGAGGAAGAGAGGGAGGAAAGGGUAGAGGAUGAGCAGCAGCAACUACUGGAUGUGGGGAGAAGAGAGGCAGGAGGUGCGAACAAAGAACGAGAAACAGCAGCAGCAGGAGCAGCUGGGGUUAGAGCGGGGGGGACAGUUGGAGGAGCAGCAGCAGGAGGAGCAGGAGGAGGUGCAGGAGCAGCAGCAGCAGGAGGAGGAGGAGGAGGAGGAGGAGGAGGGGUUGCGUCAGGGCUGCAGUGGAGCGAGAGAAAAGCUGCAGAGAUGCGACGGCUGCUGCUGAUGAGUCCCCAGGGCAAGGGGAAGAGAAAGGGCAAUGCUCCAGUGCCGGUUUUGGGGAAGGGGAAGGCUGUAGAUAUGUGCACGGGCGCGGACAAGGGCCCGGAGGUGGACAGUGAGGAGCGCACACUGGGGGGGUCAUGCUCGGGUGAGGGAGAUGCUUAUGCUGAGAGACACGCUGAAGUGCUUGGGGGAGAGAGUGGGGAUGAGGGGGAGAGUGGGGAUGAGGGGGAGAGUGGGGAUGAGGAAGGGACUGGGGAUGACGUCCUUGAGAAGCGGAACGGGGACAGGGAAGAGAGAGGAGAGCAAGAGGAGCAGGGUGUGUUGCAGGAGAGCAGGAAGCUAAGGCUGGGAGGUCGGCGUGGGUUGAGUAGCUUUGCGUUCGCAUCUGGGGAAGGCGUGGGUGGUGGGGGUGGUGGAAGUGCGAGCGAUAGUGUUGAAGGCAGCUCAGGGAAAGGUUGCUCUCUUGGUGUGCUCAUGCUGACAGGGAAGCGCCAAGGGUUUCCUCAGGCUCUUAAACAAUCACGAGAGGAGUGCCGAGGGAGCAACCCUUCUGUGCAGAUGUCGAUGGGUGGGUUUGUCAUUCAAGUUCCGGGGGGGAAGGGGGGAGAGAGGGGGGAAAGAGGAGGUAUGGGCGAGAGUGGACGGGAGGGAGCGGGGCGUGGAAGGCUGGAUAUGUGGCUACGGAAGAAGGGGAGAGGGGAAGGGGGUGGUGUUGAAAGGAUGAGGAGUCAUGGGGAUGGUGAAAAGGAAACAGUAGAGGGUGGCUGGGACGAGGAGGCGGAGGAUGAGGAGGAGGAGGAUGAGGAGGCGGAGGAUGAGGAGGAGGAGGAUGAGGAGGCGGAGGAGGUGGUGGUUGUGGAGGAGGGGAGGAGGGAAGGCGGUGAGCCAGAGGCAGUGGAGGAGGAGAAGGAAGAGAAAGAGGAGGAAGAGGAGAAAGAGGAGGAGGAGGAGAAAGAGGAGGAGGAGGAGGUGAGGGUGGAGGGAGCCGGAGAGCGGGGGGGAUGGGAGGAAGGCGAGGGAGAGGAGAAGGAGGUGGAUAAAAGCCCGGAAAACGAUGAGGAUAUGGGGUUCAAAGUAGAUGAGGUUCGGGCGUCUAAGCGGCUUCGGCCGGAAAUUUAUCGAGGUGAUUCGCAGGAGGAUGUCAGGGAUGAGUGGGCAGGGAGAAAUGUUUUGGAUCUGCCCCUGAUGACGCAAGACAUGACUCAGGCUGACCUGCCCGACUUAUUGGGCUCCCAACUGCUGCCUGGAACCCAAACGGCUGGGCAGCAAGAAAGGUUUGCCCUGCCUGUGGAGCAUGGGGCAGAGAAGGGGAGGUGCUGCAGUGACCAUGGGGAGCAGGAAUUUAUGGAGGGGCUGGGAGGGGCGGAAGAGGAAGCAGAGGAAUUGGGAAAGAAGGCUGAAGGGAGAGAGGGGAGAGGAGGAAGGGAGGAGAAAGCAGAAGGUGAAGAGGAAGAGGAGGGAGUGGAGGGACGAGAGAGGGUGAGGCAGCGCACAGUGGCACAGCCAGGGAGGGGUUGGGAGGCGAGGGGGGAAGAGGGGAGCGUGCGGGUUCAAUUCGACUUGAGGCGAGUGCAGCAGGUGUGGAGGCAGCGAGCAGAGGUGAGGGAGAGGGAGAAGAGGAGGAGAGAAUGGGGAAGGACGGCAGGACGAGGAGGUCGACACAGGAGCUUCGCGGCAGCGUCUGUCUCAUGCAGCAUUGCCAGCAGUGGGGGGAGGCGGCAGCAGCAGCAGCAACAGCAGGUGGGGGAGAAAGAAGAGGCAUUGGAGGCAGCAGCACGGGAGCUAGAGCGGCGGUUUGACAAGCGGGACUUUGCUAGCAUGGCUGUGAUUGGCCAGUUCAACCUGGGGUUCAUCAUUGGACGGCUGGGAUCGGAUCUCUUCAUCGUGGACCAGCACGCAUCUGACGAGAAGUUCAACUUUGAGCGCCUCAUGCGGUGCACCGUGCUCAACAAGCAGCCGCUGCUAGUGCCCCAGAGGCUGGACUUAUCUCCAGCAGAGGAAGUGAUAGUGUCGGCGCACAUGCCGACAUUCAGAUCUAACGGCUUUCAUUUCUCCGUGGAUGAGUGCGCUCCAUCCGGCCGUCGGUUCCGCCUCUCAGCUGUCCCUUUCUCCAAAAACAUCGUCUUUGGUGCAUCUGACGUCUGCGAGCUUAUCUCAAUGCUGGCCGAUGCGCCUCUUCCGGAACCGGACAUUGCUGGAAACCAUCAGGAAGCUUCCCCACAUGCAGGAUGCGACGAAAAGGGCAUGGAUGAGGCUACUCGUCCAAGGCGAGAACAGUCUCACUCAACGGAUGUAGCAACCCCAUCGCCAUCCAUGGCUGUAGCGGCACUGUCAGCCUCGUCAUCAACGGUUGUAGCGGUGCGACCGUCACGGGUGCGAGCCAUGCUGGCGUCGAGAGCAUGCAGAAGCUCUGUGAUGAUCGGGACGGCUCUAAGCCAGCCUCAAAUGAACAAGAUCCUCGGCCAGCUGUCCACGUUGCAGUCGCCUUGGAAUUGUCCCCACGGUCGGCCAACUAUGCGCCACCUGUUUGACUUGAGGCUUCUAGAGAAAAAACAUGGAAACUUUGGACUUAUUAUAAAGGCAUUCAACAAAAAAUGUAGUGUAUUGUUUAAUGUAUGAAUAAGCUGGUAAAGUGACAAAAGAGGGGAUUUUGUAAAU